UCAGAUAAAAGAUGACGAAGGAGAAGAAAGGAUCUGCUCCUACCCCCACCAAGGGUAAAGGAGGAGGGAAGGGUUCAGGAAAGGAUAUUGAUCUCAAGGAUUGUCCUCUGGAGUUUAAACAGUUCUCAGUUGAAAAUCCUAAAUACCUGAGUAUUCUGAAGGAGGGGGAGAACAUAGGUUUAGAAGAUUUGGACAGUUUGCAGUUCGAACUAGAGGCUCUGCUUAGUAAAGCUGUGGUUAGAAAAAGGUAUCUGAGGGAUGAAAGUGAAAUAUUGCAGAACAUCGAGAAGCACAAAGGAAAGAUGAAAAAGAAUCCCGGGUCCCCUGGGAAACGAGGAUCAGGACGGGACGGAAACUCUGCCAAGAAGUUAAAGCUAAGCUCUGGUAAAGUUGGUGAACUUAGACCUGGUAAAUCUAAACCUGAGGUUGAGCCCCACGACCCCCUGGAGAAUGAACAGAUUAAACCUCCUGCUCCUGAACCAAAGAAACAGUUUAUUCCUAAAAAUGAAACUCCCAAUAGAUUCUGGAAUUUUGUUGAACCAUACUGUGCUCCUAUACAACAUGAUGAUGUCAGAUUUUUAGAAGAUUUAAUCAAGGGUUAUGGUGAUAUGAAUGAAUACUUCAAAAUUCCACCUCUUGGACAGCACUAUGCCAUCAGAUGGGCUAAAGAAGAUCUAGAGAAUGAAAAAGAGAAGGGAAAUGAAACUGGAGAAAAGAUAAAGUCAGAAGAUUCAAAAGAUUUUCUUGCAGCGGCAACACGGAAGGAAGUUAAAAGUGAUUCAACUCCAUUUGGUGAGCUGACUCAACGAUUAGUUCAGGUUCUAAUGGAGGAGAACAGUAACUCUGGGGAGGACGGGACGGAUAGGAUCUCCGGGGGAGGAGGAGAGCAGACAGGUUCAAGGAACUCAUUUAUCCAGUCCCUCAGGGUAGCAGGAGAGGAAUCACUAGAGAAAAAUAUUCAAAAGGAGCUUGAGGAGUCCGGUAUCUUGGACCCAGCUGACAUGGAGGGGGAGGAUA